AUGUGCACACCACUGGAUGCAAGCUCUCUGGAGAAAGGUAUGUUAUCUUUACUUUUCUUAGUAGUUAAUAGCUUAGGGGAUUUUUGGUUGUCUCCAAAGAUCUAUGUAGCGUUUUAUUCUUAGCCGAGUAGCCCUUGUAUCAUCUUAGAAAACGCUGGGGCAGGAGCAUAUCGUAUUUAUCCCAAAAUUUUCUCUAGGUUAAUAAGUGGAAUAUAAUCGCAAAAUCGUGGUGAUACCAGAUUUCCAAUUGUACAAGUUAGGUAAUUUUGUCUUGUAAUGCUUGUGCUUUCUUACAUUUAGGUUCAAGAACUUAUUAUAAACAGCCUACACAGGUGUAGCCUCCCGCGCAGACGUUCUUAAGGGUUCGUCACGCGUUUCUGCCCCACGAACUGAAAGAUAAAUUCCUUUCUUAUUGUUCGCAAAUAUCGGCUGCAGAUCACAUGCAGAUUAUCGGAGAUCCAAUCGGCGUUGUUAAAGUCAGUGUUGACGAGCCAAACACAUACGUACAAGCUCUGUAGAGUGUGAUACGUGACCAGAAGAUUUUUGCUCCUGACGAGAAUAUAGGAGAUAAGCGUUGGCUUUUUGUAUAUUUCUCUCUCUAAAGACUGGAUUAGAUGUCAAUUGCACAUAAAGUCGUUCUUUGGGUGAUGCAACGGCGGGGCUACCUUGUAAGAAUGAACAAAAGGCAGAAUUUUUUUUCACACGUUAUUGUUUUGUAGUAAAGCCGACUUCCGUUCAGCAAAUUUAACGUCCGAGGUAAUUUUUUUCAACGACAUUCUGAGGGUAGCCACCAGUACGAACACUUGUGAGUUAACUGAGUAGUUUGUUUUAAAACUGUAAGGUCUUCACCUUUCAUGGCGCUAUUAAGUCAAGCGCGAAAUUUCUCAAGGUCCAAAGUGCACUCCCCAGAUCUGGAAGUCUGCUGUGAUUGGUCUACGUUUUUUCCCACUCAAGUCAGCAGACGUUCGUGGGGCAGGAACGCGUGACGAACCCCUAAGAACGUCUGCGUGGGAGGCUAAUACAGGUGAUCAAGGUACCUACCGCAAUUUGCGGAAGAUCAUGGCACUUCCACUUCUCCCAACCAUUGAGAUAACUCCAAUGUUUAUGUGGUUGAAGCGCCAUGUGAGAACAAAGCCACUCCAGCAGCUUGUGGAUUACAUCGAGAGGACAUAAUAAUAAUAACAAUAAUAAUAAUAAUAAUGCAGAUGCAUACGGAUAGAGCCUGAUCAAGGACCAUGCCAACCGGUGUUGCAAACGAUGUAACGGUACAAUCCGCCUGAAACACCUCGACGAAAGUCAUGAUUGAAAAGCUCUCAAAAUACAAAGAUCUUGAGAUUGAAACCACGAGAAUGUGGGGAAUGAGGACAGAGACUGUGUCGGGUAUUGUUCGUGCGCUGGGACUUAUUAGAGAGGGAAUGGACCAGAAUUUAGGAAAGAUCCCUGCGGGCUGCAGCCAUAACAUUAAUGAGCUGAAAAAGACCAUCCCCUAGGAACGGCGCACACACUGAGGUUUCUGUCCAUCAAAUUAAAAAACUCCCCGUUACUAGGAGUGUAGGAAGCUAAAUUCCCAAAUUUGGUAAAUGUUUGGUAUAAGUAAAUUACCAAUUUGAAACCAAGAAAUUACCGUAAAAUGUCAGUAUCGUAAUCUGGGACUGCUGAGGCAUAUUUUCCCAAGUUUUGUGCCAGUUCAAGUCGGGUUAAUCUUGGUCAACAGAAUAGCUGAUUCCCAAAGCUGGAACAAGGUGAAUAAUGCUUUAAAAUGGAAUUUCAUUGGCAGCUUUACAACAAACUUGCGAGUAAAGAAAGGCUAAAACCCCAAAAUUGGGACGAGCUUGGUAAAAGUGUUCUUUACCACUUAGGGAAUAUAAUGUGCAAAAACAGCAUUGAUUUCUAGCCCGCUGCCAUGCUACCAGUCUGUACGACUCGAGUGUACAGUGGUUCAAUACAGUGGUAAAAUGCCAGUAUGGGCUAAAGUAGAACUGCUUUGCAUAAAUUUUGAUGGACUGAAAGUUCAGUUUGAUGAAUGGCCAAUUUCACUGUCAAAGUUUCAAGCCAGACUUAUUGACAAAGCCAUGGAACAGUUUGAGGAGUCAAGCUGCAUUUUUGUGAGAGAACUAACUGUAUGGUUUUAA